UCUACUUGAUAAUUUGUACGUGGUGAAUUGGAGUCGUUUUUCGUUGAUUGUCUUGGACUUGAUAACGGUGGGUGUUUGAUAUACUAAUUGAGAUGUUGCCUUCGAGUAUAUUUUUUUUUUUAAAAAGAUUGUUUUGUAGGCGGGUAAAAAGAAGGCCUAUACUGGACCAAUCUCUCUCACAUUAUCAAUAUAUUGCCUUUAGUAGAUCACACUUUUAAGGAAUUAAAACACUCUCUCUAAUAUUUUCACACAAUAUGAUGAGUUGACCAUACCAAAUCACAUGCCUUUAGAAUAAACAAUAAUGUAAAUAUAAAGAGUGCAGAUUACAUCAAGCUCCGCUAAGGGUAUAACUUCAUACACUAGCAGAGCCAAGUGGGGACAACUAUUCUCCCACUUUUUAAGGAAAAAAAAAACAAAAAAAAACAAAUACAGUAGUUAUAAACCAUUUAUGUGCAACACAAUGAUAAAAAAAAAAGAGGUGGUCCAGUGGUUAAAGUGUUUACAGUUGUCCUUUGAGGCCAUGGUUAAAAUAUUUGAUCUAAUUAAUAUAUCUCAAUACAAAUUAAAUUGUCUAAGCGAUUUUGUCAAGGAAAAAUUGCUUUUAAUAAUCCCACCUUUGACCGAUUCGCCGUUAAUAAUCCCACCUUUUGAUUAUUAUCUAAUAAUCCCAUCUUUAACCGGUUUUAAUAGGUUAAGAUGCUACGUGUCACUUUGUGAUUGGUUGAAAAUAUUUUUUUAUUAAAAAAAAACUAAAACUAAAAAAAAAAAAAAGAAAAAUAACCAGCCCACCCCAACUUCAACCCCCACGCCAACCCUCAAGCAGCCCUCCCCGGAGCGGCGGCUGACCCAACCUCCUCCCCUGCGCCGCCGAUCUAUCCCUCUCCCACGCACCGGCCGACCAUUCCCCGCGAAUUGAUGAACACUUGGUAAAAUUGAAGACGAAGAUUGUGACAUCGAAGGUUAUCGAAACCCUAAUUGACGACGAACUGGUUGCGAUUUACAGCGUUGAAAAGGUUUUGAAGGCAAAGGAGAUCAACGGAGAUUUCGGACGACUGAUGAAAGGGGGAUAAAGGGCGGCAAUAAGGGUUUUUCAGGUCAAGGGUUUAGCCGACGGUGGAUGGUUGCGACGGGGUUAAGGAGGAAAGGGAGGAGGGCUGGGUCGGACGGAGUAGGGGAGGGGGCUGGUCGGCCGAUGCGGGGAGGAGGAUGAGUCGGCCGGCAAUCCGGGGAGGCUGUUGGAGGGUGGGGUGGCGGGUGGAGCGUGGAGGUUGGACUGGCCAUUUUUUUUAGGUUUUUUUUUUUUUAAAGUUUUUAGUUUUUUGAUUAAUCACUAAUUUUUUUUUUUUUUAAAAAAAAUUACCUAAUUACCGGUCAAAAUGGACCAAAAGAAAAGAAUGCCCUAUAAAAGUGGGAUUAUUUGAUAAUAAUCAAAAGAUGAGAUUAUUAACAGCGAACCGGCCAAAAAUGAGAUUAUUAAAAACAAUUUUUCCUUUUGUCAAAUUAUAAAACGACUUCCUUAAGCGGACGGUGAAAAUCUUGGCUCCAUGAUCCUGUUUUCUAAAAAAGAAAAAUUUGAUGGCUAUUGGUUAAACUUGAACUUAUGCAGUUACACUUGACGAACGCUUCUACGGAGUGUAGUAAACUUCAUAAACACAGCGCUUUGCCGCUUUUGUCCAGAACAAAAUAGAGCUUGUAAAAGAACAAUAUAGGAGACGACCUCAGUUUCAUGGCGGAAGUCGAAGACUCAAAGCAUGCAGUAGGGCAAGAAGAGCAGCAGCAGCAGGAAGGAGAAGAAGCACAUGAAAAUGGAGGAGUUAAUGAGGAAAUGAAGCCAUGGGAGCAACACUCUGCUGUCAUAUGUAUUCCUCGCUUUGAUUACAACGCUCCUUCUUCUCUCCUCCAAAAUUCUCAUUCUGGGUUUCUCAUUACUUGCCCUAUCAAGAGGGAGAAGAGUGCAACAAAAGAAGCUAUAUCUAUUCUUGGAAAGUAUAUUGAAUCCAGUGGUAGUGACUGCUCUAGAGAGUCUGAUUCCAGCGAAGAUGUUAAAAGAAGGAAAGUUGAGGAGGUGGAGGGGGGCUCUGCUGUAGCUAUCACUAGUGAAUUGUCAAAAGAUGAUUCUCAAUCUUUUAGAGUGACGAAUGAUUCUGCAAAACAAACUCCUAGUCUUUUGCUCGUAAAGGUGACAAGAAGUGGCUUGGUUCUCUUUACAUUCCCCAAAGGCAGUUCUUUUGAUCCGGUCAGCAUAGUCACCCAAUUAAAUCAAUCCUUAGAAUCAGGAGAGUUAAAACGACCACUCUGGUGCCAUCGGAUUUUCCCUAUUCAAGCUACUUGUAGGUUGAAUGAAAAGGAAGUCAGUACUACUGUGUCAAAUCUCGUUCUCAAGUACGUCAACGACAAAAGUUACAGAUCUUCUAGACCCCUAAAGUUUGCAGUUAGCUAUAGUAGAAGAGGAAUUGAAGAGACAGAGAUGAAAACUGCAAAAGAUAAAGUUAGCGAACCUAAUCUUUGUGUAUUGCUUGAUCGAAAUAAGUGCUUCUCCAUUGUAGCGGGUGCUGUAAAAGGGGUUGUAUUAGAUUCAACCGUGGACCUUAAAUCCCCAGAGCUUUGUACUUUCAUUGAGCUUCUUCCAUUGUCUGGGUCGCCAAAUGGCUCACUGAUUGUUGCCGUUUCAGUCCUUUCUGGAGACCUUGUCAGCACCAAGCCACGGCUUUGUGUUAAAUCUUUGGUCCUUGAUCCUAAAGCUAAAACAAAAGUGUAAUAAAUUAGGCUUGAACAUCCAAGGCUUCAGUGAAGGGUUCACAUAAACUUUGCAAGUAAAAUUGGCUGCCAACCAAAGUGAUCUGAGUACCAGUUUAAAGUUAAGUUUUUUGGUUGUCCUUCUUUUGAUUUUUUUUGCUUCUUCAUAGGAAAUUUUUGAAUUAUCCAAAUUUACAGAAUUGCAGUAGAUAACCUGAGGGUGAGAGCCUGUACUGUACGUCUGUACCCCCAUAGGCCAUAAGGGCAAUAACGUCAUGCUUCGGCUGGUGUAAUAACGGUAUAAAAUUGCCUAGCCCAAUUGUAUUAUCUAGCUGUUACCUAAUCUGAUGAAGUUGAUUAAUGAAACUUCUUGUAUGUUCAUAAUAUGAAGCUUUUACCUAAUCUUCUUGUCUUACAUAUAAAGUUCAUGUAGGUUUUCCUUGUGUGAAAAUACAAUGUUGAAAGGUUAGACGCGUUUCACAAAUUCCCAAAUUUAUUUUGAA